AUGGGCCGAGCUCCAUGUUGUGAUAAAAAUGGGCUCAAGAAAGGGCCUUGGACUCCUGAGGAAGAUCAAAAGCUCAUUGAUUUUAUACAGAAAAAUGGCUAUGGCAAUUGGAGGACCCUUCCCAAAAAUGCUGGGCUGCAACGGUGUGGAAAAAGUUGCCGGCUGAGGUGGACAAAUUAUCUGAGGCCUGAUAUUAAGAGAGGAAAAUUUUCAUUUGAAGAAGAAGAGACUAUUAUUCACCUCCACAGUGUACUUGGCAACAAGUGGUCUGCAAUAGCUGCCCGGCUUCCCGGCAGAACCGACAACGAGAUAAAAAACUACUGGAACACACACAUCCGGAAAAAGCUCCUAAGAAUGGGUAUUGAUCCAGUGACCCACAGCCCACGGUUAGAUCUCCUGGACCUCUCCACGCUCCUCAAAAACUCACCUUUGGACCAAAUUACCUCACAGUCCCACAUAAACUUCUCCAGGCUGCUAGGGCUACAGCCCUUCAUAAACCCCGACCUAUUACGCCUCGCCACGUCACUCCUAUCCUCCCAGCGCCGCCACCACGAAUUUCUCUUCAACACCGAUAAUAAUAAUAACAAUAAUAAUCUCCAUCAACCCCACCUAAUUGUCGAUAAUUCCCAUAUCCCCCCAGCUUUCCCCCAAAAUUUCCAAAUGACCCCAGCUCAAGACUUGACCGUUCCCCCUAGCGCAAGUAGCGAUUCCUUAUUAUUCGACAACGAUUUCGAACAGUUUUCUCAGAGUCUCAAUGGGUUCGGGACGGGCCCAGCUAGCGAGUGGCAACGGGCCGAAGGCGGGACGGACCGCGGGUAUUACCGGUCCGACGGGUCCGUAGCAGGCCCGGACCCGUCACUUCAAUCAAACGGCAGCAAUAGUUUCGGGUUUCAAUCGGUUUUGUCGAGCCUGUCGACACCGUCCUCAAGCCCGACACCGAUACACGAGUCGAGCUUGGGUCAUUAUAACAAUAGUAAUAAUAUGACGGAAGAUGAAAGGGAGAGUUACUGCAGUAACAUGUUGAAGUUUGAGAUUCCGGAGAUUUUAGAUGUCAAUGAUUUUAUAUGA